AUGAGUCAGGCGAGGGGGCGGGCGGCGGGGGCUGCCGGAGGGCCGAAGUGGGUGGGGGCGGCGGCCUCGGGGCUGGGGGCGCGCCGCUGGCCGUGCCCGCCGCGGGUCGCCGGGCCGCCGGCCGCAGCCAUAGGGCGCACGGCGUCCGAGCGCUCCUGCCCUCGGUGGUCACCGGGCGCGGGGCGCCGGGCAGCGGACAGGGACUCGCAGCCGCACAAGACAAAAGACUCACGGAGGCUGAGAGGAGAAAAGUUUUCAGCAGUGCUCAGAUCCCCACUGAAGAGAUCCCCGCCGAACCUCACGAUCCAGUCGCAGGAAGAGGCGUCUGGGGGCGGCGCGAACUCCCCCGGCCCUGCCGCCCCCACUCUCGCCGCCAGCCUCCUCCUUGAGGAUGCAGACAAAAUCCAACCCCCGCCCCCGGACUCCCAGCCCCCAGGAGGCGUACCCCGGCCUCAAAGUUGCACUUGCAGUGCAGGGAUCAUCGCAGACAAAAACCUAUCGUUGGGAACAAAAUACCCGCUUUCUGGGGCUCUCCUCCCGGCUGGAAGCCCAGACGGUGGAAAAGGACACACCCACCAGCCGGGCGCGCCUCUCACUGGAACCCCAGGAUUCGGAGCCAGGGUCCCACCAGCCCCUGGACCAGUGGGGAAGCCCUGGCUGAUUCCGGGUUUUCCUGGAGCCGACGCUGGAGGACUCUCGCUCCACGCCCCUCGGACUCUCUCUUAUCUGACGCUGCCGGGGCUGGUCGGGGUCCCCCUGGCGGGCUGCGCCGGCGCUGCGCGAGCGGAACCAGACCCGGGAUCUACUAUCAACGCGGCGCUGGAGCGCCCACCCGAUCUAGCUCGGCAAAAAAGGUCCACGCGAAUAGCCCUAUCAUGGUCAUGGGCAGGGCGGACGAGGGCGAACCGGAUCUUUGAGAGCUUCGGUGAGCAGUGCUUAGGUUCAACUCUAAACGUCACAGCCAAGGAGGAGUAUGGGUUAAUCCUCGUUACCCUCAAACAUCCAGUAAGUGGGGACUGUCCCCUAUUCACAGAGAAGAAGGUUAUCUGACGUGUGUGUGUUGUGUGUGUGUGUGUGUGUGUGUGUGUGUGUGU